AUGCUUCUCAUUCCUCUGGUGGUGGCCUUGGGAGAUGUGCCCGAUGGGACGCUGGUAACAGUGAUGGCUGGAAACGAUGAAAACUACUCUGCAGAACUCCGAAACGCCACAGCCGCCAUGAAAAACCAAGUAGCACGGUUCAAUGACCUCCGAUUCGUGGGCAGAAGUGGAAGAGGGAAAAGCUUCACUCUGACUAUCACCGUCUUCACAAAUCCACCACAAGUAGCCACAUACCACAGAGCCAUCAAGAUAACAGUGGACGGACCUCGGGAACCCAGAAGACAUCGUCAGAAAAUAGAUGAGCAGACAAAGCCCGGGAGCUUGUCCUUUUCAGAGCGCCUGAGUGAACUGGAGCAGUUGCGUCGUACAGCCAUGAGGGUCAGCCCACACCACCCAGCCCCCACACCCAACCCACGAGCCUCCUUGAACCACACCACUGCUUUUAACCCUCAGCCUCAGAGUCAGAUUCAGGGUAAGUACCUGAAAUCCUCCCCUCCACUCACCCACCUCCACCCCGCCAGCCUGUGGAACACAGGGGUUCAUAGGCAUUACCCCCUGUCCCUCCAUCUCUUCUGGACUCUCCUUGUCUGCCUUUAA